UUAUUUACUAAGCUCUCUUUUUCUUUGUUUUUUUUCUUUCCUUCCUGGCCUAGUCCUUUAGUUUUAUCUCCUCCUGUAAAACAUAGUUUGUUAGGAGGUAAAUCUUUUGUAGGAUCGGUAAAAUGGCACCGGCUAUGAUAAUUUCCAACGACCCUGAUUCACCGGAUUUUGAUGGAAAGCUUACGUUUUUCGUCAUGCUUUGUGUCGUUAUUGCCGCUUGUGGUGGCCUUAUGUUCGGUUAUGAUAUCGGUGUUUCAGGCGGAGUUACGGCAAUGGAUGACUUUUUGAUAAAGUUUUUUCCGGAGGUUUACGAAAGAAAGAAAGGCGCUCACGAAAACAAUUACUGUAAAUACGACAAUCAGUCGUUACAGUUAUUCACAUCAUCAUUGUACCUUGCAGCUCUUGUAGCUAGUUUUGUAGCUUCCCAUAGCUGCAAUAGGUUUGGCAGAAAGCCAACCAUGCAGUUAGCUUCCAUUUUCUUCAUUGUAGGAGUGUGUUUAAGCGCCUUUGGAGGCAAUAUUGAAACGGUCAUUGUUGGUCGGGUUCUUCUCGGUUGCGGUGUUGGUUUUGCCAAUCAGGCAGUACCAUUGUUUCUAUCAGAAAUAGCUCCAGUGAGGAUGCGCGGUGCCCUAAACAUUUCGUUCCAGCUUUUCGUCACAAUCGGAAUCCUGAUCGCGAAUCUUGUCAACUACGCGACAGGAAAAGUUCACAACGGGUAUAAAAUUUCCCUGGGAGUUGCUGGCAUACCAGCUUUAAUGUUAGGAUUAGGUUCUUUAUUGAUCGUUGAAACUCCCACAAGUCUGGUUGAGCGCGGCAAAAUAGAAGAAGGUAGACAAGUGCUUAAGAAGAUCAGAGGCGUGGACAAUGUCGAUCUUGAAUUCGAUUCGAUUGUCCACGCUUGUGAGAUCGCCCGACAAGUCACCCAGCCCUACCGAAAACUCAUGAAAAGAUCGAGCAGGCCACCACUAGUUAUUGCAAUCUUGUUGCAAAUUUUCCAGCAAUUCACCGGAAUCAACGCCAUUAUGUUUUACGCCCCUGUUCUCUUCCAAACCGUCGGAUUCGGAAGUAACGCUUCUUUGCUUUCUGCCGUUGUUACCGGAUCGGUCAAUGUUCUCAGUACCAUUGUUUCAAUUGUCGUUGUUGACAGAGCUGGAAGAAGGAUUCUACUUCUUGAAUCUUGUGUUCAAAUGCUCAUCACUCAGACUAUCAUUGGAAUUAUCCUGAUAAAAGAAUUGAAACCGACGGGCCAGCUCCCAAGUUCAGAAGCACUGGUAGUGGUGGUGAUGGUUUGCAUCUAUGUUGCCGGAUUCGCCUGGUCAUGGGGACCGCUCGGUUGGUUAAUUCCGAGUGAAACCUUCCCUCUGGAAACAAGAACCGCCGGCUACUCCUUCGCCGUCAGCUCCAACAUGCUUUGCACAUUUAUAAUCGCACAAGCUUUCUUAUCCAUGUUAUGUAAAAUGCAAGCCGGAAUUUUCUUCUUUUUCGCAGCUUGGAUCAUCGUCAUGAUGCUCUUUGCCUUCUUCUUCAUCCCGGAAACUAAAGGCGUUCCGAUCGACGACAUUGUCGAAAGUGUCUGGAAGCAGCAUUGGUUCUGGAAGAGAUUUUUCGACGGGGAAGAAGAAAAAAUAGAAAAAAAGGUUGAAAUGAUUCAUCCACAUUUGACAUGAUUUCAUUUAAUAAUAAGGCUGGGGAGGAAAGAAAAAAAACAAAUUCAGGAUGUUAAUUAUAUUUUUUUAUUUUAUUUUUCUUGGGUCAUAAUUGUUAAUUAUGUUUCUUUUAUUCUUUAUAUUGUUGAUUCUGAACUGUUCAAAAUGAACAUGUAUCGGUAUCACUUCAAUUUUUCAACCUGAGAAAUUUCAUUCAUUAAUAAUGACGUCUCCGACUUUUUUUUA